AGCAAACUUGGUGGACCUCCAGAAGAAGCUGGAGGAGCUGGAACUCGACGAGCAACAGAAGAAGCGGCUGGAAGCCUUCCUCACACAGAAGGCCAAGGUUGGGGAGCUCAAGGAUGAUGACUUUGAAAGGAUCUCAGAGCUGGGAGCCGGGAACGGUGGGGUGGUCACCAAGGUCCAGCACAGACCUUCGGGCCUCAUCAUGGCAAGAAAGCUGAUCCACCUGGAGAUCAAGCCGGCCAUCCGGAACCAGAUCAUCCGCGAGCUGCAGGUGCUGCACGAAUGCAACUCCCCAUACAUCGUGGGCUUCUACGGGGCCUUCUACAGCGACGGGGAGAUCAGCAUCUGCAUGGAGCACAUGGAUGGUGGCUCCCUGGACCAGGUGUUGAAAGAAGCCAAGAGAAUUCCGGAAGAGAUCCUGGGGAAGGUCAGCAUCGCGGUUCUGCGGGGCCUGGCGUAUCUCCGGGAAAAGCACCAGAUCAUGCACCGAGACGUGAAGCCAUCAAACAUCCUCGUCAACUCCAGAGGGGAGAUCAAGCUGUGCGAUUUUGGGGUUAGCGGGCAGCUCAUCGACUCCAUGGCCAACUCCUUCGUGGGCACGCGGUCCUACAUGUCGCCAGAGCGGCUGCAAGGCACUCACUACUCGGUGCAGUCGGACAUCUGGAGCAUGGGCCUGUCCCUGGUGGAGCUGUCCGUUGGAAGGUACCCCAUCCCCCCGCCAGACGCCAAGGAGCUGGAGGCGAUAUUUGGCCGGCCCAUGGUCGACGGUGCAGAAGGAGAGCCUCACGGCAUCUCACCACGGCCGAGACCCCCCGGACGCCCCAUCAGCGGUCAUGGGGUGGACAGCCGGCCGGCCAUGGCUAUCUUCGAGCUGCUGGACUACAUCGUGAAUGAGCCUCCUCCCAAGCUGCCCAGCGGCGUUUUCACCCAGGACUUCCAGGAGUUUGUAAAUAAAUGCCUAAUUAAGAACCCAGCAGAGCGAGCGGAUCUGAAGAUGCUCAUGAACCAUGCCUUCAUCAAACGGUCGGAGGUAGAAGAAGUGGAUUUCGCCGGCUGGUUGUGUAAAACAUUGCGGCUGAACCAGCCCAGCACGCCCACGCGCAGUGCUGCCGUGUGACGGUCCCGCCGCAGGACCGGCUCCUCCUCUCCCGCCCCCUCCCGCCGCGCCCUCCGUGGAGACCCACGCGCGUUGGGAAGGGCGCCACCGUCGUGCCGUCUUCUCGGAACCUGCUUCCUUAGGUUUAAAGAAAAAACCAAAACAAAACCAGGAAAGAAAAAGCAAACGUGCCCCUUGUGCUUCUUGUUCCUCGUCCUUUGGGCGUCAGCCCUGGCCAGCCUAGGGCGGGCCCUCCCGCAAGGGUGGCCCUGACCCCCGAGAGAUGGGGAGCCACUGGGAGCUGGCUUUGCUCCUUUCCAAGGGGUGAAGCCUCGGAGGGACCCCAGCGUUGGCACCUUUCACCAGAAGGGGGGUUGCUGCCCGAGGUUUCAAGUGUCCCCCUGGCCUGACACCUGCCCCUGUGAGGUGGUCCUCCAGGCACCACCUCCCAGAGAGCAGUCAGCCUGAUGGCUGUCACGGGGUCCCCUUCCCUCCACCCACCUCCGGCCACUCCUGCCUCUGGUCCCGCAGCCCAUCCUCAGCAGAGCAUGGCCUGCCCCCCAGAGGGGCUCUCUCAUCCUCACCCAUGCUUCGUGGAACAGAGACUUCUGACAGCUCGCGGCAGCAGGAGCCGACACUCACUCAGCAGAAAGGAAGUGCUGGGUUUCCAAGCUGUCGGUGCGGUUGGAAACCCCAGCAGAUCCUGUAGAUAAGACCUGCUCCCCCACGCCUGCAGGCCGACAGAUGUGGGCGGGUGGCUUGCUGUCACCUCCAGCGCCCAGCAAAUCAGAAGUGACCACCCGGGGCACGUCACUCUUGGGCUUUGAACUGUUCAGCUGCAGCUAGUUGGAAACGAGACGGCGGGGGUGAGGUCCUAGCUCCCGGUGUCUUUCGGGGUGUCCAGCCAGGCCCCCUGCUGUGGUCUGCAGGUUGCCCGAGACCCAGAGCCCAACCUUCCCACCUUUAGGGCUGUCCCACCUCUGAUGGAGAAGGCCGCCUCCAGGCCAAGGGCAGUAGGAAGUGGUGGAGGGCAGGGCUCUCUGAAGAUGAGCUGUGAGCCUCCCCUCUCCCCAAUACUUCCUGAAGGCGUGAAAGAAGCUGAUACUUAACUGUGAUAAAUUGCAGGGGAAGGGUUCUCCGAGAGUGACGGGCCUGGCGCCACACCGGCCCUGGGGUUGGAUCCUUUGCUUCUUAGGGAGACCCUUCCAAUCUGUUUUUUUUUCUGUGGUCACCAAAGAGGAGACAAGCUGGCGGCUCCUUAGACCGGCUCUCCAGGCUUCUGCCUUUUGAGUUACCCCCGCCGAAGUCUCACCUGAUUUAGAAAAGAAUAAAAAAGAUAACUCAAAGCAA